AUGGGCUGGUUUUCUGUGCCUGUGCUCCUAACUUGGCUUCUUCUGCAAGUGGUCUGGAGUCAGCCUGCUCCAGAGACAAUUGAAAUCGAUGUAGAUGGAGGAAUUGAUCAAGACAUCUUUGACAUCAAUGAAGCUUUAGGACUAGACCUUUUUGAGGGAGACAUCAAGCUUGAUGGGGAACGGAGUGCCAUCAUUGGUGACAACUAUCGGUGGCCCCACGUUAUCCCUUAUGUCCUGGAAGACAGCCUGGAAAUGAAUGCCAAGGGACUCAUCCUCAAGGCGUUUGAACAGUAUCGGCUGAAAACCUGCAUUGACUUCAAGCCUUGGGAAGGGGAGAAGAAUUACAUCUCUGUGUUCAAGGGAAGUGGAUGCUGGUCCUCAGUGGGAAACCGCCAGCAUGGGCUACAGCAGCUCUCCAUUGGAGCCAGCUGUGACAGGAUCGGCACAAUCCAGCACGAGUUCCUGCAUGCCCUGGGAUUCUGGCAUGAGCAGUCACGGUCUGACAGGGAUGACUAUGUGUCCAUCAUCUGGGACAGGAUUCAGGCUGGUAAAGAUCACAAUUUUGCAAAAUACAAUGACUCCACAUCAGACUUUCUGAAUGUUCCCUAUGACUACACUUCUGUGAUGCACUACAGCCAAAACGCAUUCAAGAAUGGAACUGAACCCACCAUUGUCACCAACAUACCAGACUUCAUGGAUGUCAUAGGACAGAGGAUGGAUUUCAGUGAUUAUGAUCUCCAGAAGCUGAACAGGCUGUACAACUGCACCUCCUCCCUCAGCUUCAUGGACACGUGCAGUUUUGAACUUGAAAAUGUGUGUGGCAUGAUUCAAAGUUCAGAUGAUAACAGUGACUGGCAGCGUUUGUCUCAGGUUCCUGCUGGGCCAACUACUGAUCACACUAAUAUGGGGGAAUGUGAAGAUUCUGGUUACUUCAUGCAUUUCAACACCAGUGCUGGAGCAGAGGGGAGCACAGCUCUCCUGGAGAGCCGUGUGCUGUAUCCCAAAAGGGGCUUCCAGUGCUUGGAGUUCUAUCUCUACAACAGUGGUCACGAAAGCGACCGGCUGUACGUCUGGGUCAGGGAGUACACUGCAGCCCAUCCCAAUGGCACUCUGAGACUCAUUCAAGAGAUAAAAGGUUCUCCUGCAAAUUACUGGCAGCUCCAUCAUGUUUCUUUGAACGUCACAAGCAAAUCCCGGGUUGUGUUUCAAGGUGUGAAAGGAGGUGGCUUGUCAAAUGGAGGCCUCUCUAUUGAUGACAUCAACUUGUCUGAGACUCAGUGUCCCCACCACGUCUGGCAUAUCAGAAAUUUCACACAUCUCCUCAACACAAGCCCAGCAGGACAAGAGGGAAGAAUAUACAGCCCACCUUUUUAUUCUACUAAAGGCUAUGCUUUUCAGGUCAGCUUGUAUGUAAAUGGUACUGCUGAUAGCCCAUUUAAUUUGGCAAUAUAUUUGCACUUGAUUUCUGGAGCAAAUGAUGAUCAUCUGCAAUGGCCCUGUGCUUGGCAACAAGGUACCAUGAUCCUGCUUGACCAGCAUCCUGAUAUUCGUCAAAGGAUGUCAAACCAAAGGAGUGUAACAACAGACCCCCAGCAACUGGAUUCCUCAUCAAAAUAUUUUUGGGGUCGGCCAUCUGAAGUGGGAGCCACAGCAACUUUCCCCAAUGGAACUACUUUCAAGAGAGGUCCAGGAAGUGGAACAAGUGCAUUUUUAACCCAUCAGAGACUUAGGAGACGUGACUUUAUUAAAGAAGACAGUAUUUACAUUCUUCUAACAAUGGAAGAUAUAUCACAUCUACUGUCAACUCAGCCAAGUGCUUCACCAACUGUUGUUACAAAUACAUCCAGUGCCACCACCAAGCCCACCACCACCACCACCAAGCCCACCAGCACCAAGCCCACCAGCACCACCACCACCAAGCCCACCACCACCACCACAGCCUUUGUCACCCAGACUGAUAAGCCAGAGGUGGAGGGUCCAGAUGUCUGUCCAGAAAACCCUUGUGAAAAUGAUGGUGUCUGCAUUGUUGUAGACAGAGCACCAGUGUGCAGAUGUCCAGCAGGUGACAACUGGUGGUACAUGGGAGAAAAGUGUGAAAGGAAAGGCUCAACUCAAGAAAACACUGUAAUAGCUGUUUCUUCAACCAUAGCUGUGUUUGUUGGAAUGCUCAUUGUCACUGUCACAACUGCAGUGUGCCUUAAAAAGAAAUACAGGAAAGAAAAAGAACAUGGGGAGAAACUUGCUCUAGAAAACGAUCUCAAUGACCUGGUGGACUAG